AUGCCUAGGACACUAGACCCAACCGAGGAGCAUUAUCUUAAGAGGGAAUUACUCAAGUAUCAACUGGACCGCGAAUUUGCCGCUUUGAACAACCAGUAUGCAUUAAGAAAGUUCGGUUUUCCCUUCAGCAAUGAGGAUCCAAGGGCAAAAAGGUCGUCUAUGAAGCGAGCCUUGAAGCAUGCCAAGAGCAGUGUGUCACCAAGAUCCAGCACAAAUAAGAGCUCCUUGGAAGAAAAGAGCGACAGUUCCUCUGUUGCCCUGCAAGUUGAAACAGAAUUCCCGAUGUUGAGCUACGUAUUGCAGCGGUUCGUCAUACCGUUUCCGCUGUUAUCUAAGGAUUUGGCAUCUGACGAAUCAUUUUGGCAGGAGAAGGUUCAGGUAUUUUUUGAACACUUCAUGGAACUGGGUUUCAGUGAUAGUUAUAACAGGGAGGAAUCUACCAAACGCAAGAAAAUCUCGACAAAAUUGAGCAAAGCUCUGCUGCUGUUAUUCAACUCCGGAAUCGGUACCUCUCAGGAAACAGAAUAUUAUUGCCAAGACAAGUUUAUGCUGAAGCAAAAUGGAGCAAAGAAGAGCACGGUGAUAGAACAAUUUACCAUGCCGAGCAGAGAGAACUUGCAAUAUCUGAUGGCAACCGAACCAAUCUUUAUAGGCGGAUGGGAUCUAAACAUCGUAGCGGUGGUGCAUGAGACGGAUUUGUUUCCGGAAAGAAAGAAAGUGGCCUCUCCGAAAGGCACCCCUUUAUCUCCGAGAUGGAUGAAGAGUACGUUUAGUAUGGCAUCUUCAUCAGCCGCACUGUUCUCAAAACUCAACAUUAUGGAUUCUGGUGAUUCGGCUAAGUCAUCUAAGAACCCGCAUUACUUUAUAUUGAGAGCCUCGCGAGAGUCCGAAUCUAAGCAACAGUACUACACCGCUAAAAGCUAUGAAGAUUUCAAACAACUAUCACAUUCGCUGAAGACGGAUUUUCCAGGAAAAAGACUUGCCCGUUUACCACAUAGGACGAAAAAAAGUGUGCAAGCCGUAGCUACAUCUGACGUUCCUUAUACUCCUAAGGAAAGAAUUAUUUCUACUUUUCCGGAUGAUGUGACGCAAUCUAAUUCGACAGGAGAUAUUGAUAGAACGGAUUCUGCGGAGAACUCAGAUGAAGAUGAGGAUACCGAAGCUAUGGAGGAGUUCCAUGACGCGUGGGAAUUUAGAGAUAGCAAACUUCUCUGCGAAAGAAUGAGAACUUCAUUGAGACAGUACCUACGCACAUUAUGCUCUGACAAGGAGAUCGCUUCGAGUUCUAUCCUUUCGAGAUUUUUCACUGUUUCACCCAUCAAGUAUGAGAUGCUAUCUCGAGAAAUACGUGAAGACAUUGCACAGCGGAAUUUGGUUGACGUGCGAAAUUUGGAGAUUCAAGUAAAGUUCCAAAAACUUGCUUUGGAAAAAUCGCUGAAAUUGCAGGAGUCGAUGAAGGAAUUUAAGACAUCCCUGCUGCGAGAUGAGGGCUAUCUUCUGGGUUUGAUGCAAGAAUUGAAAGUAAAGACCAGGAUGCGCGACCUAUCUCCUCUGUUAUUAAGCUUUGUCGAAUGGUGCAAAAUCUAUGUGUCUUCAACAAUUUAUCAAAUGUUUUUGGGUAAUGACGGCGGUUACGAGUUUUUCAACCAGGUUAAAAAACUGCAUAGAUUAAUGCCUUAUGGAGUGAUGGCACAAAUACUGAAAUUGACGAACCCGAUGGGGAUUAUGAAGGCAAUGAUAGAUUUGUUCAUGGCUCAACCCUUUGGAAGCCAGUCUCUGCUUCAAACUAUGUUUGCUACGGUCCUAUCGGAUGAUUUGAGGAACCAGGAAAAAGUUAUACAAGAACUGGAAACCAAAAUAAUCGAGGUCUCAGCUCUGAAUUUGGAGAUUAUCAAGUGCUUAAAAGCUGUCAUCUUCGAAAAUGAUGAUGGAGCAAUUAUGGACAUGCAAAGUGCUCAAGAGGAGUCGGAAACCACCAAGACCCCCAUAUCCCUGGUAAUUCUGCUGAGGAAAGCCGAAUCCGGAAGCAUUUCGCAUGAGGUGGUAGGAGAAGUUAUCGAGUCUUAUGCAGCAUGGAAGUCAAAACAGGAUAAUCUUGACGAGAAUCAUCCAGAUGGGCCAAAAGACGAAGGUGCUCUAUUCUCUCGCAUCAAGGAACUCUUGCACCUUUACAUUAGGGAGCGGGACAAGAAGCUAAUGAAAAAGCUAUGGCAAGACCCAGAAUUGUCACAGCUGCUCAAAUCAAUCAUGGCACUUCUUUACGAACCUAUGGUUAGAAUUUUCAAGGUCGCGAGGGUGGAUAUUGCGCUGAAGAACUUUGAAAAGUUCAUGAACGAUUUGAUAAAACUUAUUGAUAGUUUCCUUGAAGGACAGCUAGGAGCUUCGACACGCUUUAAUGUUGUUGAAAGCAUUAAUGACCUGGUUACGAAGCAUGAGGACUCAUUUCUCGAGUUUAUCCACGAUGUGUACGUCCAUGAUACCGAAGGAAUAUUCGAAGGGUUUGUAACAUGGAUUGUGGACGUUGUGAAAUUUCUACAACAAAGCAAAUACGGAUCAGCCGACGGUAGGAUCGAUUUCGAUUGCUUGCUGCAAUCCUCCGACAUUGAGGUCUCUCUGUUGAUCAACCAACUGGACAACGUUAUAGAAAAGAAGCAAAUUGCACGGAAGGCCUAUAGCAAGCUUCUGGAUAAGAAGCGGAAAAAAGAUGAUGUUAAAAUCAACCGGCACGCGACGAAAGUUCUUGAAGAGAAAUGGAAGCAGCUGAAUUCCUUUGUCAUGCCUUCUAACACCGAGACAUUGGGUUUGCAGGAUGGAGAUCUGGUCGAUCUGGAUCUCGACGUUGCGGAUUAUGAAGCUCUUUUCGAUGACAAUGAAAAAGAUUUGGAAGAAGAAUAUCAGAUUUUGCUGAAUAGGAAGGUUGACGAGAGCGAGAUCAUGAGAUUUGGCACCCAGGUUUUCGAAGGUGAACUAAGAAAGAUGCUUUCACCUGCGCAUGUUUAA